GAUUCUCUACUCGUGCGGUAAACACUCAAGUUAAGCCAAGUGCUCGACGGGAAAAACCUCCUACCCUCGCCCCUCGUCUCAACAAACAAAAGCAGGGAAAAACGGCGGACGUGAGUGAACCGAAACAGCGUGGUAACCCCCCGGCUUUUCACGGCGCGGCAAUGUGUUCGUGAAAACAGAAGCCGAAAUUGAAUUAAAUUGAUGAGCAUCUUGCAUUGAAGCGACUUAACCACAUAAAGAAUUGCUGGGUCUGAUAUUGGUGGUGGUGGUGAUUUGGCAGUUGAGCAGAAAAUCAACAAGUGUUUGUUUACCGGGUGUUGAAUUCAAACAAACAGAGAGUGGAAUAAAUUGGUGAACAGAGAGAGAGACAGAGAGAAAUAAAGAUGUAUGGACGAUCGAGCAUAAAUUCCGUCAGCAGUGGAUCCCCUGUGGGCAGCACGGCUGACGAGAAGGGCGGGGGAGAUCGAACCCAUGGCAGCAGAGCCCAAAGCCUCGCCAGCAGAAGCAGUAUUGGUGGAGGUGAUUGCUCGUCAGUUGAAACCGGACCGCGUUCAAGUCGAGACGUUCGUCAAAGUACUUCCAGCAAUUGUCGUUCCUCGGUUGACAAUCGAGUUUGCAGUGGUGGUGGUGGUAAAAGUAGUAGUAGUAGCAAUAGUCCUUACCCUAGUAAUCAGAGUCCUGCAGUGGUCAGUGAAGACUACGAUCAGAACGUGCUGAAGGCUCGUGCUAGUGUCCUCAGUCAACUGAGCAGUGUUUUUGACCGGAAGCUAAACCACAGGAGCAUUUCGUCCGAGAAGAAACCGGAAAAAGCGGGAACACCCCAGUACUACCAGGAGCUGACCGCCCAGCAGCAGCCCCGCGAAUACGACGAUCCGGAGGACGAGGAGGCCGAGAUGGAGGCGGAACGCGAACUGGCCGAGGAUGCCCAGUGGAAGCGGAUACAGCAGAACACUUUCACCCGCUGGGCCAACGAACAUCUGAAGAUCAUCGACAGGAACAUCGCCAGCCUGGAGACGGACCUCGCCGACGGGUUGAAGCUGAUCGCCCUGAUCGAGGUGCUGUCCCAGAAGCGCAUGAGCAAACACAACAAGCGGCCGACCUUCCGCAGCCAAAAGCUGGAGAAUGUUUCGGUGGCGUUGAAAUUCCUCGAACUAGAAGGGAUCAAGAUUGUUAACAUUGACUCUUCGGACAUUGUCGACUGCAAGCUCAAGCUGAUAAUGGGCCUAAUUUGGACACUGAUCUUACACUACUCCAUCUCGCUGCCAAUGUGGGAAGGUGACGAUCACGAAAAUCAAACCAACGGAAACAGCGCCACACCGAAGCAACGGCUGAUGAACUGGAUCCAGCGGCUUGUACCAGAUUUGCCGAUCAACAACUUCACAAACGAUUGGACCAGCGGAAAAGCGAUCGGUGCGCUGGUCGACGGAGUCGCUCCCGGCCUGUGCCCGGACUGGCCCACCUGGGAUCCAAAGGAUGCCGUUGAGAAUGCAUCCGAGGCGAUGGGCUUGGCGGACGAUUGGCUCAAUGUGCGACAGCUGAUCCGCCCGGAGGAAAUGGUUAACCCGAACAUCGACGAGCAAUCCAUGAUGACUUAUCUCUCACAGUAUCCAAAUGCUAAACUCAAGCCCGGGGCUCCUCUCAGACCGAGAACUGAUCCGAAUAGUGUUCCACCGCCGCGAGUUCGCGCAUACGGCCCAGGAAUUGAACCAACCGGACCCGUAGCAGGAGCCCCCGCUAAUUUCACCGUUGAGACGUUCUCCGCUGGCAAAGGAACCGUCGACGUGGCCGUGGUCAAUCCCAACGGCAACUCGGAGAAAGUUGACUGUCGCUACAACAACGACAAAAACCUUACCUAUUCGGUUUCCUACGUGCCGAAGAUCGAAGGGCCGCAUAAGGUCUAUGUGAAAUUCGGUGGCCGAGACAUCCCCAAAAGUCCGUACAGCGUCCAGGUGGACGGCCAGGCAGGUGAUCCAUCCAAGGUGACAGCCCAUGGUCCCGGCAUUCAACCGGAUGGCGUUUGCGUCAACAAACCAACGUACUUCGAAAUAUCGACCAAAGACGCCGGUAAAGGUGUCCCCGAAGUUAUCAUCCUGGAUCCCGGCAAUCAUAAGACCACGGUAGCUGCCAAACUACGUCAGCUAGCUCCGAACCAGUAUCGCUGCGAGUACACUUCCCACAUGGUUGGUCUGCAUUCGGUCAAUGUGUUCUACAAUGGGAAGCAAAUUAAGAAUAGUCCUUUCGGGGUACGUGUUGCUCCUACUUGUGACCCGAAAAAGGUGCGAGCCAGUGGACGCGGUCUCCAACCGGUUGGAGUUCGCGUCAACGAUGACGAUGUUACUUUCAAAAUCUACACGGAUGGGGCUGGCGAGGGAACACCUGAGGUGAAGGUGUUUGGUCCGGGAGGUGUCAUUCCCGAGUAUAGCAUCCGAAAGAUCGACGGAACAACUUAUGAAGCUCAAUACAUUCCAUUGAAAGAGGGUCGCUACAAGAUUUUGGUGCUGUUCGGAGGGGUAGAAAUUCCCAAAUCCCCAUUCGAGGUAACAGUGGGACCUCAGAAACAUACCUCAAUUGUGGCGUACGGCCCCGGGCUUAAAUCCGGGAUGGUUGGCAAUCCGGCUAACUUUGUGGUGGAAACGAACGGGGAAACUGGAAAUCUUGGUUUCAGCAUUGCUGGACCAUCGCAGGCGGAAAUCGAAUGCCACGAUAAUGGAGAUGGGUCGGCUCUAGUCAAGUAUCAUCCGACCGCUCCGGGAGAAUACGCUGUCCAUAUAUUGUGCGACAACGAAGACAUCCCCAGAAGCCCUUACAUUGCCCAAAUUUUACCUAAAGUUGACGAUUUCCAUCCGGAGUUGGUACAGGUUUCCGGCCCCGGAAUCGAAAAGAACGCAGGCGUAGUUACGAACAAACCAACCGAGUUUACGGUCGAUGCAACCAGAGCUGGCCAGGCACCGCUCGAAGUUAAGAUCAAUGACGUGUUCGCCAACACAAUCCACCAUAAGUUGAUUAAGCACGAGAACGGCACCGAGAAGGUUACCUACACGUCACCGAGCGCCGAUCCGGUAACGGUGGAAGUUAAUUACGGCGGAGUUGCUGUCCCCGGGUCGCCCUUCCGUGUGAAUGUGUCGGCUCCGUUGGAUCCGUCGAAGGUUGAGUGCUUUGGUCCAUGGCUGGAGGCUGGCAAUCGACCCAAUGCGGCUACCCAUUUCAACGUGGACGCUAGCAACGCCGGAAACGGUCUCCUGGAGGUCAACCUAAUCCACGAAGAAACCAAGCAGAAAAUCCCCGUUCGCAUCAUCGACAACGAGAACAACACAUACGCGGUCGAGGUGAUCCCGCCGUUGGCCGGAACGUACACCACGAACUUAGUAUACGGUGGACUAAAGGUACCAGUUGCACCGAAAGUGACCAUCAAUCCUCCGAUUGAUGUCUCCAAGAUCAAAGUCGACGGGUUGGAACCAACGGCUCCGUUGAACAGUCUCCAGCAGUUCCGGGUGAUCACGAAGGGUAUUGGUAAGGCCGACCUGGCCGUUACGAUAACCAGCCCGUCCGGAAAUCGUGUCAAGGCGCACGUCAUCCCAACGGCGGAGGGUUUCCUAGUCAAUUUUACCCCUACCCAGCUGGGAGAAUAUCUCCUCAGUGUAAGUUUCGGAGGUACUCCGAUAACCCCCCAACCUUUCCGGUUGCAGUGUCUUGGUGGGUCCGACUCCCGUAAGGUUCAAGCCAGUGGCCUUGGGUUGGUAAAGGGUAUUAUCAAUCGUCCGGCAGAAUUUAUGAUAGACACGCGCGGUGCUGGCCAGGGUGGCCUGGGAGUCACCGUGGAAGGGCCCUGCGAGGCUGCCAUAAACUGCAGAGACAAUGGGGACGGCACUUGCAAUGUGGCCUAUCUACCGACGGAGAUCGGCGAUUAUAGCAUCAACAUAACCUUCAAUGAUGAUCAUAUCGCUGGAUCACCCUUCCAGGCAACCAUUCUCCCAGAGCCGAACCUAAGCCGCAUCCGGGUAUCCGGAAUGGGCAUCCAACCGCACGGCGUAAUCCAGAACACCCCGACCGAUUUCAUGGUUGACAUGAGCAAAGUAGGCGACGAUGUGGAUAAGAGUAAGCUCUCCUGUAAUAUCUUCGAUCCACGAGGCAAUGAGAUUCCCAGCAAAUUGGUCCCUGGUGACAACAGUGACAUCUUCCGCAUCAUGUAUACUCCCUUCGAAGCCGGUCGACACACCAUCGAGCUGCUGUAUGACAAUGUUCCCGUUCCGGGAUCUCCGUUCGUCGUGAACGUCAAAUCGGGUUGUGAUCCGGGUAGAUGCCGCGCGUUUGGUCCCGGACUGGAACAAGCCCUCACCGAUCAGCCAGCGACCUUUACGGUAGAAACACGCGGUGCUGGAGCGGGAGGCCUUUCGCUUGCCAUUGAGGGUCCUUCGGAAGCCAAGAUGAGCUGUACAGACAAUCGGGAUGGCUCGUGUGAUGUGGAGUACGUGCCAACCGAACCGGGAGAGUAUGAUAUUACGAUUCGCUUUGCGGAAAAGCACAUUCCCGGUUCGCCGUUCAAAGUGAUCGUCAAUGAAGCCACCCGACCGGAGAAGGUUAAGGUAUACGGACCCGGUAUCGAACAUGGUCAGAUUUAUGAAGGGAUACCAGCAGAAUUUUUCAUCGAUUGUGGCCAAGCUGGUCCUGGUAAGAUCGCUGUAAAGCUCACAUCUUCCGAUGGCAAACCAAUCAGUGUUCACGUCGAGGACAAAGGGGACGGCGUGUAUGCCGUCUCAUACAAUCCCCCGGCGAAGGGUUCAAUACUUACGGCUAACGUUCGUUUUGCCGACCAGGAUGUUAGUGCUAGUCCGUUCGUGGUAACCGUGACCCCCGCUCCGGUUGAUUCGGCGAUUAAGGUUACCGGAGAUGCUGCCACCAAGAAAAAACUUCCCGCGUCGCUCCCUGCCAAGUUCCAGAUAGAUGCGCCCAAAAAAGGGGUGGCUGGUGCCCCCGCCACGGAAGAUAUUAACGUUAGCAUAAAGGGUCCCGACGGAAAGCCACUCGUGCCGAAAAUGGAGGUGGUCGAGGAUGGAACGUACGCAGUAACAUUCGUUCCGGACGAGUGUGGACCGUACAAUGUUAGCAUCAAAUGUGGUGGUAAGGAUGUACUGGGAUCGCCUUUCCUGCUGCAAGCAAUACCGACGGGAGAGGCGGAAAAAGUGAAGCUUUUGAAGACAAUCCCAACCAAUCAGGAGUAUGGAAAGAAAAAUCACGUGUCUGUUGAUGCUCGCGAAGCUGGUACUGGUGCUGUCACGUGCAAGAUUAUAUCCCAUUCGGAAGCCAGUGACGUCGAUUUGGAGGUGAUCGAGAAGAACGGCUUCUUCGAUAUUUUCUACACUCUCAAGGAUCCGGGCGAUUACGAUUUGGACAUUAAAUUCGGCGGCCAAAACAUCCCGAAUGGCACCUUCACCAUCAAGGCCGUUGAAAGUGUCGAAGAGAAGGUCACCAGCAGCACCAGCAGUACGACCAAGACCUCAUCGGCUACCGUUUCGGAAGAUCAGCAAAUCUACCAGCACCAAAAGUCCUACGUUGAACAGGUCUCCUCGGUGUCCAAAUCGAAGCAAUUCCACCACCAAACAGCCUGCGAAGAGUUCCUCGUUCGGGAACGUCUGGUUAACGGUAAAUACGAAAACGGCCUAAGCAACGGCAAUCAUCACGUGAGCACCGUUGACAGUAGCAGUCAUAGCAGCAGUAGCAAGAAGAGUGUACAGGAGGAAGCCAUAACAUCAGCCACAACUGCAACCAACACAACUAGCUCCAGCAGCAACAGCAGCUCGAAUCGCUACCGGGAUUUCAAACUCGAACGCUUGAACUUGCCACAGACAGGAGGUGUCGUAAGCGCCGAAGUAAAGAUGCCCAGCGGAAACGUCGAUAAACCGAUCAUCGAGGACAACCACGAUGGAACCGUGUCGAUCAAGUACGACCCUCGGGAGGAGGGAGUGCACGAGUUGGCGGUCAAGUACAACGGCGAAAACAUCCAGGGAUCUCCGUUCAAGUUCCACGUUGACUCGAUCUCCAGCGGCUACGUGACUGCCUACGGAUCAGGACUGACACAUGGUGUGACCGGCGAACCGGCCCAGUUCACCAUCUCCACCAAGGGAGCCGGUGCCGGUGGUCUUCAAAUGGCUGUCGAAGGUCCAAGCAAGGCUGACAUCACAUACCACGACAAUAAGGAUGGCACAGUUUCCGUGUCCUAUCUGCCAACCGCUCCCGGUGAAUACAAAAUCUCGGUCCGCUUCGGUGACAAGCACAUCAAGGGUUCGCCAUUCUUUUCCAAAAUCACCGGCGAGGGUCGCAAGCGUAACCAAAUUUCGGUUGGCUCCUGUUCCGAGGUCACUCUUCCCGGAGUCAUUUCCGACAAUGACCUGCGCUCGCUGAACGCCUCCAUCCAGGCUCCCACCGGUCUGGAGGAGCCAUGCUUCCUGAAACGCAUGCCGACCGGUAACAUUGGUAUUUCGUUCACGCCUCGUGAGGUUGGUGAACAUACCGUUUCGGUCAAGCGUUUGGGAAAGCACAUUGCUAACUCACCCUUCAAGGUGAAUGUAUGCGAGCGCGAAGUCGGUGAUGCCAAGAAGGUCGUCGUUACCGGAAGUGCCCUCAAAGAGGGCAAGACCCACAGCGACAACACGUUCUCGGUGGAUACCCGCAAUGCCGGUUACGGUGGUCUGUCGCUUUCCAUCGAAGGUCCCAGCAAAGCGGAGAUCCAGUGUACCGAUAAGGAGGAUGGUACCCUGAACAUCUCGUACAGACCAACUGAACCUGGCUACUACAUUGUUAACCUCAAGUUUGCUGAUCACCACGUCAACGGAUCGCCAUACACCGUUAAGGUGUCCGGAGAGGGAACCAACCGACAGCGCGAGAAGAUCCAGCGUCAGCGCGAAGCUGUCCCGGUCACCGAAGUCGGCAGCCAGUGCAAACUCACCUUCAAGAUGCCCGGAAUUACCUCGUUCGAUUUGUCCGCUACGGUCACCUCGCCGGGUGGUGUUACUGAAGAUGCUGAAAUUCAGGAAAUUGAGGAUGGUCUGUACGCCGUUAACUUCGUUCCCAAGGAACUCGGCGUCCAUACCGUGUCGGUCAAGUACAAGCAGAUCCAUAUUCCUGGAUCUCCAUUCCAGUUCACCGUUGGUCCGUUGAAGGAUACUGGUGCUCAUUUGGUGAAGGCUGGUGGGCCAGGAUUGGAGCACGGUGAACAGGGUGUGCCAUGUGAGUUCAACGUGUGGACCCGCGAAGCCGGUGGCGGUACUCUGGCCAUCUCCGUCGAAGGUCCCAGCAAAGCUGAAAUCGAGUUCAAGGAUCGCAAGGACGGAUCUUGCGAUGUGUCGUAUGUGGUCAGUGAACCUGGUGACUACCGCAUUGGUCUAAAGUUCAACGAUCGUCAUAUUCCGGACUCUCCAUUCAAAGUAUACGUAUCUCCUGCGAUGGGUGAAGCCCACAAGCUGGAAGUUGCCCAAUUCCCGACUGGACCUGUACAAGCCGACAAACCAGCCCAAUUCAUGGUUCGGAAAAAUGGUGCCAAGGGUGAUCUCGAUGCCAAGGUCAUCGCCCCCUCAAACAUCGAGGACGAUUGUUUCAUCCAGUUGAUUGACCAAGACCAGUAUUCGGUGCGUUUCUAUCCAAGAGAGAACGGUAUUCACGCGAUCCACGUCAAGUUCAACGGAGUGCACAUCCUCGGCUCUCCGUACCGCAUCAAGGUCGGAAAGGAUGACGUCGACCCGGCGGCAGUUCACGCCUCUGGUAAGGGUCUGGGCGACGUCAAAACUGGUGAAAAAACUGACCUCAUCAUCGACACCUGCAACGCUGGCGCUGGAACGCUCGCUGUCACCAUCGACGGUCCGUCCAAGGUUGCGAUGGACUGUACAGAGGUCGAGGAAGGUUAUAAGGUAAGAUACACUCCGCUGUUACCAGGGCACUACUACAUGACCAUCAAGUACAACCAAAUGCACAUCGUCGGAUCGCCGUUCAAGAUCAACUGCACAGGUGUUACAGGUGAAAAGCUCGCAGAGGAAGGCGGUCAGGAAACGUCUUCCGUUAUCGUCGAAACGGUAGCAAAGGUUUCCAAGAGUGGUAGCCGGGCCGGAGUUGUUCUGCCAAUGUUUAAAUCGGACGCUAGCAAAAUCCAAUCCAAGGGCAUGGGUCUCAAAAAGGCAUAUCUCGGAAAACAGAAUCAAUUCACGUUAAACGCUGGAGAUGCCGGAAACAAUAUUCUAUUCGUGGGCAUUCACGGACCAAAGGGACCCUGCGACGAAGUGUUCAUCAAGCAUACCGGCCGCCAUCAAUACCAGGUGAACUAUCUGGUACGCGAACGUGGUGACUACAUCUUGCUGGUUAAGUGGGGCGACGAUCAUAUUCCCGGCUCUCCCUUCAAGGUCGAAGUGUAAACGUCUAUCCCACCUAGUCUUUGCCCUCCAUCCUCCCAUCGUCCAAUCCCCAAAACAUAUAACGUCGUUGUGUGUGUGCGUCAGUGCAUUCUCAUCCCUUCCGACUAGAACAAACAUCAAUAUACGAGCGAUUCAAUAUAUGAGCGAUUUUGCCAUCCUUCAAGAACAAAAAAAAACGACCGAAACGGUUCCCGUUUGUGUCAUUUAGGUAUCUUGAACCAAGAUUGAUUUUUUUUCAUGGAAGACAUUACACAUGCUUGCUCGGUAUUCCAUCUACAAGUAGACAGGAUCUAUAUCAACGGAGACAAAACGAUUUCCUUAUUUUGGAUUUCGAAACGCAAAUAAGAACCGUAAUGCGUAAUCCACUAAACUAAGACAGAAAAAAACCCUCUACCUUGGCGUCACUGAGAACGAAGAAAAAAAUUAACGAUAAUUUUAGACAACAGAAAAUGAAAUGAUGAGUACAGUCCAGACAACCUGAUCAACAGCAGCAUCAAGAACAACAGCAGCAAGAGAAAAAAACAAAAGAAAGUUAUCCUAGUUAUUAACUAUGAAUUACGAUAAUCAUCUCGAUUAAGUUUAUUUUACUCCGGUCUUUUUUUUUUUAAGUGAGUACGUAGUAGCAUCCUCUUUCAAUAUCGUUCUCUCGUUUUUGUUUUUGUUUUAUUUUACCCAGUAUAAUUUUUAUUUCUAUUAUUCGUUCUCUUUCAACUUGUCUAUGUUUUAAAUGUUGAGACUAUUCGCUACUGAAUGGACAAAGAAAAGUAUAAUCAUUAUUUAUUAUUAUUUCUACGGAAAGGAAAUUUUAAGAAAAAGCAAAUAAAAACGUUAAUAAUAA